ACGCAGCCACCCCGCCUCUACAGUCCCCUGAGGGAAAGGAGCUGCUUCCUCGGCACGUUGUACGUCACAUGGAACUUCCUGCUGGUCCGUCCGGGUUUCUCUGUCCCUUCCCCCAGUGAGAGGAAAAGCGAAACAUUAAUCUGGUGCCAUUCUACAGCCGUAAGAUGGAUGUUUCUACUACCUGUUUUUCAUCAGUAUCGGAUUUCUGCUCAGACUGUGGCUCGGUGUUGCCUCCCCCUGGGAUUCAAGAUACAGUCACCUGUCUUCGCUGCUCACAUCGUACACAUGUUACUGAGUUUUUGGGAAAGUUUGUCCAGACGUCGGUUGUGUUCAAUAAGCUUGAUACCAUAAUACUCUCAAAUGAAACAGAAGAGGCCGGAGAGCUAAAAGGACCCCUGAUUGACAGGCGCUGCUCUCGUUGCGGGUUUGAAAGGAUGGCUUACCACACAAGACAGAUGCGAUCUGCCGAUGAGGGUCAGACCGUUUUCUACACUUGUGUAAAGUGCCGUUUCCAGGAAAAAGAGGACUCUUGAUACAAUACUGCAAUACAGUAAUGUAAUUAACGUCAGAGCUGGAUGAAGUUCAAAAGAUAUAUUUUUGUUAUCUUCAUUAAUAAAAUAUUUUUUCUUAUAA